AUGCCGCCGAAAGCACCCUCCAGCAAACGCGGAAAGGAGAACGCGCCACCGAAAGCCAAGGCGCCCAAGAUCGUGAGCGAGCCCGAGGAUGACUUUGAUGCCUUCUUGGACGACGAGCCAAUGAAGCCGGUGAAGAAGGUGGACCGACCACCGAAAGUGCCGAAGAAGGACAAGUCACCCGAAGUGGAGGAGGCGAUGGUGGUCGAGGAGCAGGACCCGUCACGGGCGGCCCGAGAGUCAAACCUCGUGCCCUCCAAAUCCUCCAGAGACCAAGGCGAGCUCAAGCGCGUGCAGGCUGAGUGCGAUCGAUUGAGGAGAGAGCGCGACGCCUUCGCGAAGCAGUUCGAGCAGUUGUCCAGCCUGCGGAACUCGGGACCAGAAGCGCUGCUGGAAAAGUUCAAGGAGACGGCGGAAGCCAAGUCUAAAGCUGAAGUGAUUCGAAGCCAGGAGGCCCUCUACGAGAAGCAGAUGGCCAAGGUCAAAUCUCUUGAGGAGGCCCUAGCAGCGUCACAACAAGCGCUAGAUCGAGCCGAAGCCUCCGCUGCGCCCCCGAAAUUCGACGCCAAGCUGGAACGAAUGGGCCAGCGCGAACUGCAGGGCGAGGUGCACAAGUUGUGGGAUGUCGUCAAGGCAAAGGACGGAGAGAUUGCGGCGCUGCAGCGUGAAUAUCAGGAGGAAAUUGCGCACUCGCGCAAGCUGCAGGAGACGGCCGCGCAGAUGCGGCGUUCAGCUGAGCCGGCCGCCAAGCCUGUCGUGAACGAGGUCCACAGCCUCUCGGUGAGACUAUACGAGGAGCUCACUGGCCUGGACAUUCUCGACGCACAGGUACGACCUGACCCGAAGACAGGUGACGAGCGGAUAUAUAAGUGCAUCCAGACGACAGGCGGGCGCAACUACACUUUACGGCUAUCCCUGCGAAACGAGUUCGACAAGCAGCGCAAGCAAUGGAAGAAGAUGGUGCAGUUCGCACCGUCGGACAUGGACAAGGAGACGGAUCGCAAGCUGCUCAAGCGCCUCGGGCCGUUCCGCGACGCGUUCGACAUCCCGCGCGACCAGCUCCCAGCUGCAUAUGCGCAGCUCACGGCGCGCAUGGACCCAGACGGCCAGUUCGAGGAGCCCGAGUAG